GCCGCUUGAGCCAAUGAGAAGGCACGAUGUUGACGGGGUUCGAAGAUGGCUGCUGAGCCGCUGCUUCCUGGUCGGCUGAGCGAGGAGAGGCCGGGCAGCCUGGAGCGCGGCAUGCUCGUGGGUGCACUUGCCGUUUCGGGGAAAGCGACUUCGGCUAAUGGGAGUGAAGCUAGACUUUCGGCGUCCCGGCUGGCGUUCCGGUGGGGAUUCUGACGCGGCUUGAGAUUCGAAGGUGGCAGGGCCCCCAAACACCCAGAGUCACGGAGUUCCAGGUUGUCAGCGGGAAGAGGUGUACCUUUUUAGAGCUACCCUGUCGCAGUCUUGAACUUCGUACAUUUAAGAAACUUUCAAGCUAGGAAAAUACCAUAUUGAGAACAGUUUUGGAUACCAUAUCAAGCAGUAGAUAAAAGCAAUUUUGAAAAAGUUCAAAAAGCCAUGAAAACUGGAUAGCUGCCUGGAACCUGAUAAGGAAAAGCAUAACUCCUAAGAAAAGAUGUGGAGUGGGCUGUUACCUCCUGGGCUAAAUGAAAGUGAUGUUGAGUCAGACUCUGAAGAUGAAGCCACACUAGGGAAUCCAGGGCUUACGGAACUUAAUUUGCAGGAAGAUGGAAAGACUGACAGCAGUAGGAAGUCCAAGAUGUCAGAUUUCCCAGCAGGCAAGCCAAAAGCUGAAACAGAGACUGAUGCAAAUGCAUAUGAAAAAUGUCCUUCUGGAAUUCCCUUAAACAUGUGGAAUAAAUUUCAAGAAUUGCAUAAAAAACAUUCUGAACAGAAGAAUCCAAUGUCAAGAUUCAGACAGAAAAAAAGAAAACGCUCCAGAAAAGGCAAAUUGAAGAAUGAAAAAGAAUCUUACAGACUUAAUUCAUCUUGCAGUGAACAGUCCUCAAGUGAAACCCAAUGGAAAGAGCUUACUCAGUAUUUUGGAGCCAAUGAUAGAUUUGAACCACCAGUUAAGCAGAAAAAAGUUGAGAAGUCAGGCCUUGAAAAAAGGAUAGACCAGGCUGUGGAGGAGUGGGAUGUUGAGAAGGCUGAAGAGCUCAGCAACCAGCUAGCUACUCGAGAGCUUGGUGUAAAAAUUGCCAAAGCAAUUGCCUGCCACAAAUUUGUUAAAGCCAAAAAGGAGGCUGAAAACUCACAGGCUGCUCGAAAGAAGAAGAAACUGGCGUGGGGGUUUGAAGCAAAGAAGAGAUGGGAAACUAAAAGCAACAUGGGAUAUAUGUAGCAGGACAUUAUUGAUAGGCUGGCAUGCUUCACUCAUCAAAAAGAUUUUUUUCUGCUUAGGUUAAAAAUGUCAGAAAAUUGAUAAGGGUAGAAAAAGAUAAGCCUAAAACUUGGGAGCCGAUUAUAAACUCUUUGCGGUCUUUUUUCUAAGAAGUUUGUAAAGGAAAUGAACAUUUUUCUAUUUGUGACAUUUUUCUAUUUGUGUAAGAAAUUUUAAGCAUAUAUACAAGAAAAAAGGAUAAGGUUUUAUUUAUUUGUAUAAGCCUACAGUUUAAAAUCAAUUUUGUGUUUCACCUGUCUGGUCUAGUAUAGCCUGUGAGGUCCCUGUACUUCCUUAUCUGUUCUUAGCAUGACUGCAACUGUUUCUAGAAUUGAGUUUUUCAGAAUGGCUUUUGUUUAUAAUGGAUUAGUCAUAAACAGAAAAAUUCUCAAUUGUUACUGACUUUACAAAUGACUUUAAUUACUUUACUGAUAUAAGAAUGAUUAUUGAUUCUUUUUGGAGGCAGUAGAAUUAAUAUUUUGUAGUCACAUAGUAAAAGCAAUUGAUUAAUUUUUGUGUAAUGUCAGUGGAAAUAAUUAUAGUAAAAAGUGGACAUAGUGUAUCUGGAGAAUGAUUUAAAUUCAGCUUUGACUAGAAAAUGUCUUUCUAAAUAUCUCUCAACCAUGUAAUUCUUUAAAUUAUGAUUGUUCUUUGAAAAGGAAAUGGUCUGAUUGUGUUAGACAAAUAGUUGUAACUCAGGAUAUCAUAACUUUGGAUCAUCUAACAGCUCAUUUGUUUUUACCUCUUCUCCUGCUACUCCUUAACAGAUGGAAUGAAUUAAUGAGGCUAAAGAGAGAGCUAAUACCUGGGAAGUCAUUGUCCUUACAGUCCUAAUGGGAAGAGGCUUUGAAAAGUCAUUUGAUAACUGGCAAGACUAAAUGUGGACACUGUGAAAAAUUAGAUUAUAAUUACAUUACUUUUAGACUUAAAGCAGUAACAAUUUCAUUAACUUAUGGUGAUAUGUAAAUUUUCUUUAUAUAAAGAAUAAGUGAAUAAUUUGUUGCUCUUUAAGAGUCCAAAUGUUGUCAGGUGGUCAUGGUGAACAGAGGCAGUGGAUGGAUCUCUGUGAGAGCAGGACAGCCUGGUCUACAGAGUGAGUUCCA